CAGAUGCAGGCGUCGGCACCUGGAGAAGGGAGGUGGCUGUCCAAGAUUAGACUGGAUUAGAACCUGCAUCCACAGGUACUCCUCCGCCCGCAUCACUGCUGCCCGUCUGUGGAGGCGUACCGAGGACCACGCACCCACAGCCAUGAACUACGUGGGGCAGCUGGCGGAGACAGUGUUUGGGACAGUGAAGGGACUCUAUCGGGGCCUGAACCCGGCCACUCUGAGUGGGGGCAUUGAUGUGCUGGUGGUGAAGCAGGUGGACGGCUCCUUCCGAUGCUCACCCUUCCACGUGCGUUUCGGGAAGCUGGGCGUCCUGCGCUCUCGGGAGAAGGUGGUAGACAUUGAGAUCAACGGGGAGCCCGUGGACUUGCACAUGAAGCUGGGGGACAGUGGGGAGGCCUUCUUCGUCCAGGAGCUGGACAGCGAUGAGGAACAUGUGCCCCCCUGCCUGUGCACAUCACCCAUCCCCUGGGGGGGCCUGUCUGAGUUCCCUUCCAACUCCCCGCUGGGCACAGCCAGUGAGCCUGAGGCCAGCAUCGCCAUGGCCUCUACUGGGCGGAAGAAGAAGCGUCGCAGGAGGAAACCCAGGCGGAAAGAGGACAUGGCAGCUGAUUCUAGUUCAGAGGAGCUGGAGGCAGGCGCUGAGAGUGAGCCGUCCCUGCUGGAAAAGCCGAGGCCGGAGCCCCCAGGAUAUACAGGGACCAGCAAUGUCCAGCUGGAAGGAGAAUUCUCAACGCAGCCCAAAGACAUCUACCCCUACUCGGAUGGCGAGUGGGCCCCCCAGGCCAGCCUCUCGUCAAGUGGGCUAACAUCCCCUAAGAGUGACUCGGAGCUGGAGCUGCGGAGCCCAGAACCCAGCUCCAUGAGAGCUGAGUCUCACAUGCAGUGGGCCUGGGGGAGGCUACCUAAGGUGGGCAAAGCAGAGUGGCCUGCAUCCUCGAUGGUCCCUGAUGGCAGCUCUAGGACAGCCUCUCCUCCUCAGGGGGUGCUCAGCAUCCCCUCCUCUGCCUCUGUGGUUGGCGUGGACCCUGCAGGACCCCCAAUCCUGCAAACAGGGGCCGGCACUGGCCUUCCUCAGCCUGACAUGGGGGCGCCCACUCUGGUGGAUCCUCCUCUCCCCACCCCUGAGGGAGAGGAAACCAAGAUUCAGAGUUCCAGGGACACCGGCCACCCUCCUGCCUCUAAAUCAUGGAGCUGGGCUGCCUUGGAAGCCCCUCCCACUGGGCGGCCAGAAGGCACCUCUGGGAGGAAAGGCUCCCUGAAGAGAAGCCAGCACCUGGGCCCCAGUGACAUCUACCUGGAUGACUUGCCCUCCCUGGACUCUGAGAACGCAGCCCUCUACUUCCCGCAGAGCGACUGUGGGCUGGGGGCCAGGAGUUGGAGUGAACCUGGCAGCCAGAAGUCCCUGGGGGAUGGCAGCCCCCAGCAGGAGCCAGAACCCUCUCCAGACACAGUGGACACAGUGGACACAGUGGUGCUGUCCCUCUGUGGGGGCCUGGCUGACAGCGGGGACAUCUCCGUGGAGAGGUUCAACCAGCACGUUGUCUCCUACCUGGACCUGGCCCAAAACCCUGGCCUCCUGGACGACCCGAACCUGGUGGUGAAGAUCAAUGAGAAGCAUUACAACUGGGCUGUAGCCGCCCCCAUGAUCCUCUCCCUGCAAGCCUUCCAGAAAAACUUGCCCAAGAGCACCGUGGACAAGCUGGAAAAGGAGAAGAUGCCCCGGAAGGGAGGGCGGUGGUGGUUUUCCUGGCGACGCAGGGACUUGCCGGCCAAGGAGGGCAGCGCCCAGAGCGAGAAAACCACAGCAAGGGAGCAGCGGGUGGAGAAGCCCGGAGCCCCGAGCAGUGAGGACGAUGUCCUCGACAGCCCCGUCAUCCUGGAGGCCCCCUCCCUGCCCGCUUCACCGCCAGCCCACAGUCCUGCCUACAAGAAGUCCCUCCGUCUCUCCUCCAGUCAGAUCCGGCGCCUGAACCUGCAAGAAGGUGCCAAUGAAGUGGUCUUCAGCGUGACCACCCAGUACCAGGGCACCUGCCGCUGUAGAGCCACCAUCUACCUGUGGAAGUGGGACGACAAGGUGGUCAUCUCUGACAUCGAUGGCACCAUCACCAAGUCUGACGCUCUGGGACACAUCCUGCCCCAGCUGGGGAAAGACUGGACACACCAGGGCAUCACUAGCCUCUUCCACAAAAUCCACCUAAACGGGUACAAGUUCCUGUACUGCUCGGCCCGGGCCAUCGGCAUGGCUGACCUCACCAAGGGGUACCUGCAGUGGGUGAGCGAGCGGGGCUGCAGCCUCCCUGAGGGCCCCAUCCUGCUGUCUCCCAGCAGCCUCUUCUCCGCCCUGCACAGGGAGGUGAUUGAGAAGAAGCCAGAGGUAUUCAAGAUCGCCUGCCUGAGUGACAUCCAGCAGCUCUUUCUGCCCCAGGAACAGCCCUUCUACGCUGCCUUUGGGAACAGACCCAAUGAUGUCACUGCCUACCGCCAGGUUGGCCUGCCUACAUCCCGCAUCUUCACGGUCAACCCCCGGGGAGAACUCAGCCAGGAGCUCCUGAAGAACCACAAGUCCACGUAUGAGCGGCUUAGCGAUGUGGUCGAACUCCUCUUCCCGCCUGUGGCCCGUGGCCCCAGCGCAGACCUGGCCAACCCUGAAUACAGCAAUUUUUGCUACUGGCGGAAGCCCUUGGCCCCUGUGGACCUCGAUGCCUUGGCCUGAACCUGCCCUGCCUGCCCUCCCCCUGCCCCCCGCCCCCUGCCGCUAGCCCAGAACAAACUGCACAUCCCAGGGCCUGGGGGUUGGAGGCCAACUCACCAAAGGGGAGGAGGGGGCUUCAGGCCUAAGUCAUAGCCUCUCUUGUCC